AUGGGCAGGACGAUGACGACUGUCGCCUUACCAAGACCAAUCCCUCCACAUCGCUCCUCUUCUGGCAUCGUCACCUUAUCUUCUCCAAUAGCUCUCGAGACUAUCAACGCCCAACAGGUUUCUAGCGCUGCCGCUGCCGCCGCCGUUGCGCCUGCGCCCAUCCCUAACAAGCACAUUCCAGUCUGUCCCACCGGCCCAGCCCGUGAGCCUGACACACCCCCGCCGUCACCAGGUCGCGAGCACGAACAGCAGCAGCGUCACUCCUUCUCCUCUUCCUCCUCUUCCUCCCCUUCCUCAUCAUCUCUACUCUAUCCACCAGACAAAUUCGACCGGUUGGAAUCAGAAUCAGACUCGGGAUCGGGAUCGGGGUCGCUAUUAUGCCUCCACAAGAUCUCCCCCGCUGACGUCGCCGCCGCCCUCGACCACCUGUCCAGGCAGCCGCUGCCGGACCCGGCCCUGGUCUUCCCCUGGCUCCACGGCCUGCACCCCAGCAACCACAUCCAGCAGGCCUUCUUCACCGCCCGCAGCAAGUCCCCGCGCCAGACCCCCACCUGCCUGCGCGGCAUCACCCUCGUCAAGGCCGACGGCGACCUCGCCGUCUCGCGCCUGAAGGGGGCCAUCGCGCCCGCCGAGUUCAUGCAGUCGGGCUCCUCCACAGGUGGUGGUGGUGGUGAGUUUAUCGACGUCGACCCCAAGGAUGGCUUCUCCGUGCGUAACUUCCAGAUCCAGGCCGCCAAGACGGCCAUUACCUCCGACAUCGUGGUGUACGGCGAGGACGCCGGGCUGGUCCGCAAGGUAGCGUGGGAGAUCGCGUCGGCGCAGGUCAAGUGGCGGAAGAAGCAGCAGCAUCAGCAGCAUCAGCAUCAGCACGAGUCGUCUUCGUCUUCGUUCUCGUCCAUCCCGAAGUACAGCACGUUCAUCUGCGUCAGCCCGUUCCGCGAGUUCGAAGAGAAGCACGAGGAGAUCGUCGCCGUUGACUCGGCGGGCCGCCUCACGGGCGCCGUCGUUGACUUCUUCCACCAGGAGCGGCUGGAGAUGUACGCGAUGACCAAGGCGACGGAGAUCUCGCGCAACGUGUGGAUGGGGCCCACGCCCGAGUCCGGCAGCGACGAGGAGAUGGCCUACGACGUCCUGCUCGAGUGCAGCGACCUCGGCCGGCUGAACCCGGGCGCGCUGCAGGCCAUCGCCGAGAACGCGAAUCAUAAUAGCAAGGAGGGCAAGGAGGAAGGUAAGGAGGGACACAAGCGGCGGCCUUACCACCUCGACUUCCCUUCGUCCGGGAGCAUCCUCGCGCCCACGUGGUCGCACGCCGAAGCAGACGGCAUCCUCGACACGUGCAAGUGGCUCUGGCACCUGUCGCACGGGACCUUGCCCGUCGCGAGGCCGGAUACCGACGGCGACGGAGACUCGAACAUGUCGGACGCAUCGUCGUCGGCGACGGUGACGGCGACGGUGACGGAAGUCGAGAUGCGGCCGCCGCGGCGGAUCCUGAUCCACUGCACGGACGGGUACACGGAGUCGACGAUGCUGGGGAUCGCGUACUUCAGCUACAGCACGGGGCGGCCGGUGGCGGCGGCGUGGAUGGACCUGCACACGCAGGUGAAGCGGAACUUCUUCGCGUACCCGACGGACGUGUCGCUGCUGACGUCGAUCGCGCCGCGGCUGCUGCGCGAGUCGCCGGUGUGCGGCGACAAGAGCCUGCUGGAGAUUACGCGGCUGGUGCGGGACGAGCCGCGGUGGCUCGCCGCGCUCGACGGCUCCUUCCCCAGCCGCAUCCUCGACUACAUGUACCUGGGCAACCUGGGCCACGCCAACAACCCGGACCUGCUGCGCGCCCUCGGCAUCCGCCAGCUCCUAAGCGUCGGCGAAACCGCCACCUGGCGCGACGGCGACCUCGAGGCCUGGGGCCCCGAGAACGUGCUCGUCGUCGAGAAGGUCCAGGACAACGGCAUCGAUCCGCUGACCAAGGAGUUCGAGAAGUGUUUGGAGUUUAUCGACCGCGGCCGCCGGAACGGCACCGCGACCCUAGUCCACUGCCGCGUGGGCGUGUCCCGGAGCGCGACGAUCUGCAUCGCGGAGGUGAUGCGGGCGCUGGACCUGUCGUUCCCGCGGGCGUACUGCUUCGUGCGCGCGCGGCGGCUCAACGUCAUCAUCCAGCCGCACCUGCGGUUCGCCUACGAGCUGCUCAAGUGGGAGGAGAUGCUGCAGCUCCGCGGACGUCAACAACAACAACAGCGAGCUGGAAAUAAUGCCGAUGUUGCUGCUGCUAAUAACGCUGCUGCUGUUGGUGGUGGUAUCCGGAGGGAACUUGAGUGGGGCGAGAUCGCGCGGGAGAUCGCGUCCAUGAAUCGUCCUUAUGCGAGAUAA